GUUCUCUUUGGAUCUGCGGGUCUAGGUUCGAAUCCGAAGAGUUAUUUCGAUACAAUUUGAAAAGGUGAAUAUUCAUGUAUUUUCUCACUAGCACACUGCAGAUAUAAUAAAUGAAGAAUUUUUUGUAACACUGAAGUGUAGAUUGAAAAUCCUACAUCAAAUAUUUGAUUGUGAAUUAGCCCUACUGCCAUGGAAGCUAUGGAAGUAGAUCAAGACCCAGAAGUUUCAAUAAAAGAGACUUUACUAUACAUGGAGUUCGACCAGAAGGUCAAGGACUAUCUUUUCGAUGACAAGAUUUUCUUCAGAAUGGCAAGACUCGAAGAAUCUCCACUGGUCCAGUUCAACAAUCACUUAUUCAAAGGUGAAUACAAGAGCUGUCUAGGUACGAAUUUAUUCUUCUCCGACUGUGACAACUCUUCAUCGCACAAUUUAUUCGAGUUAGGGUCAUCCAUGAAAUUGAAACAUCAAGCAACACAAUGCAAAGUAUUAGAACUGAAACCGGUCAGAAUACCCUCAGACAUGGCUGAGCUACCCCAGCCAAUACACGACAUAAAAAUCAACAAACGAUAUGAUUAUAAGACGCUACUGAAAAAAUUUGCCUAUGGUUCCUUGAAUCUCAAAGAAGACUUGGCAGUUGUGCCUAGAGAAAAAGAUCCUCAACCAAUAGAACAGGAACAGAAGAGGGAAAAAGGACAGGAUGUAUGUAAGCCAGAAUUAUCUAAAGCUGUUUUGAAAACUAAAGGACAAAAAGUGAGCAGUAAAGUGGAAAAGCAAUCGGAUUCUGCUAGCGAAGGAGGGACACAAUCAAAUAAACCGAAAAAGGCGGACUUUAUUGUUGUUGAUAUUUUGACCUUUAAACUAGAAAAGUUGAAAAAAUUAUCAUUGAGACCUACGAGGAGGAAAAAAGAGUUCGAACCUGUUGAAGAGUGUGAGGAAAAGUACAAAGAAGCCUAUGCCUACAAUUCCUUGAAAUGCUCUAUAAUGAAACCAUCCGACUAUUUCCGCACCAUCUCAGAAAAAUUCAAUGAAAAAACCCUGGUAGGAGCUGUUGAUGUUGACCGAAGUGUAUUGCAGGGUGUUAUCGACAAUUCUCCCAAUUUUCAUCGUGUCCUUAGCGAAGAGGAAAAAUCUGCCUUGAUGAGCAUCAAAAACUUCGAAAAUUUAUCUAUGCCUGCCAGAUACAUAGUUAUCAAAUCGCAUUUAGAACAUUUAGAAUCCACUAUACCUACUUUAUUGAAGGAUGAGCUUUUUGAGAAAGACUCUCAUGGGAGAACUAUUCGGGAAACUAUCAAAAUUUAUAAGAGACUUCUUAGAGUAAUCGGUGGUUUAGUGAAGCGAGAAUAUUGUUAUGACAGUGAUGAUGAGAACAAAUCGUGAGAAGUUAUUACCAGUUGUGGGAGAAUAAAGUGGAAAAAAGUGAAGAUUGAUAGUCUCCACUGUAUGAAACAUGUUACAUUGAAUGUGGAAUCUGCAAUUUAAUGAUAGAGUUGCAUCGUGAGAUGAACUGACCCUUGGCACAUACUUGUCAAAAAUUGAGGUUAUGACUUAUUCACCAAAUAACCACUGGUGAUUUUCAAGAAGUCCUUUUUCGUUCUUCCAAUCUGUAGUCAUCUUUGAGAAAUGUACACAUAAUUAUUUUUCUUUUUUAAGUACUUUAAAUGAAUUUUUUAGUGAAAAGGUUGAAAAGAUAAGAAAAUAUAACAUGAAAAUUUUUUUAUUAAAAAAUAACAUCAUAAAUUAAA